GAACUCCAAACGUUGUAAUGCAGUUGCGGCAUUGAUUUGUCAGGAGAACUCUAUACGCUUGUUGUACUGCAUAUGUUUGUGAAUACAUAGGGAAACAUUACAUUUUAUUUUCCCCCUGCAAUUUUACAGAAAUUUAAUUUCUCCUGUUGUAUCGCCUAUCUGUCAUUCAAAAUGCUUACAACUCGCUCACCACUCUCUAAGAAGAACACCAAUGCAAUCACCACUCAAAUGGACAACAUUUCGCUGGUUGACAAAGAAAACACGCCUCCUAGCCUGAACACUACCCGGAUUCUGGCCUCAAGAACCGCGCGCAAAAUCUUUGCUGAUGACUCUGAGGUUAAGCCCCAGGAUGUCAAGAAAUUCAACACAGAAGAGCCACUCCUGAAAGAAAAUCCGCGCCGGUUCGUCAUUUUCCCCAUCAAGUACCAUGACAUCUGGCAGAUGUACAAGAAAGCAGAAGCUUCAUUCUGGACAGCUGAGGAGGUUGAUCUUUCCAAAGACACGCAGCACUGGGAUUCUUUGAAGGAUGAGGAGAGAUACUUUAUCUCUCAUGUACUGGCUUUCUUUGCUGCUAGUGAUGGCAUUGUCAAUGAGAACCUGGUAGAGCGAUUUACACAGGAAGUCCAGGUGACUGAAGCAAGAUGCUUCUAUGGUUUCCAAAUCGCCAUGGAGAACAUCCACUCUGAGAUGUACAGCCUGCUCAUUGACACCUACAUCAAAGACCCUAAAGAGAGGGACUACCUUUUCAAUGCCAUUGAAACUCUCCCCUGUGUGAAGAGGAAGGCUGAUUGGGCCCUGAACUGGAUCGGUAACAAAAAGGCUGAAUUUGGUGAGCGUGUGGUUGCAUUUGCUGCUGUUGAGGGGAUCUUCUUCUCUGGGUCCUUUGCUGCCAUUUUCUGGCUGAAGAAGAGGGGGCUCAUGCCUGGCCUGACCUUUUCAAAUGAGCUCAUCAGCAGAGACGAGGGCCUCCACUGUGACUUUGCCUGCCUCAUGUUCAAGCACCUGGUGCACAAGCCCUCAAAGGAGACGGUCACCAAGCUCAUCAGGAACGCAGUAGAGAUUGAGCAGGAGUUCCUGACGAAAGCCCUUCCAGUAAAGCUGAUUGGUAUGAACUGCGACCUAAUGACCCAGUACAUCGAGUUUGUGGCUGACAGGCUGAUGCUGGAGCUGGGCUUUGACAAGAUCUACAGAGUGGAGAAUCCUUUUGACUUCAUGGAGAACAUCUCAUUGGAGGGCAAGACUAACUUCUUUGAGAAACGAGUAGGGGAGUACCAGAGAAUGGGUGUGAUGUCUGGCACCACAGACAACUCCUUCCGGCUGGAUGCUGACUUCUAAAGCUCUUACUGAAACUGUAAAUACUUGAAAAGGGACAUGGCCCAGACUAGAUCUCAACUGGCACCCUUUUCCCCAUGUAGUGCACUACUUUUGACCAGAGUUCUAUGUGGGCCUUGAUGAAAAGUAGUCCACAAUAUAGAGACUAGGGUUCCAUUUAGGAUGUGUACUUGUGGUGUCUGGUUCACAGACAACAAAUGUAUAUUACCAUUCACAACGGACCCUAUUUGCAGUAGAUCUCUUUUCUUAUUUGUAUAGUACUGUUGAAAUUUUAUCUGUUUACUUUUUGUAAUAAAAUUUUAAAAAUCCAA